AACCUCCAGAAAGAAUUUAAUUCUUAACCAGAGGUACCACUGUAAUGGAAAAAGACAAGCCCAGAAUAUAUUUACAGUAAUACAAACUAUAAUUUACACCUGAUACCAUUGUGCUGGCUACCCCUAAAAUAUUUUUGACUACGUAGGCAAGAUUAUAAAAUGGAUAGAGGUGCAUCUCAUGUAAAAACAUUAUUUUUGUCAUUUUGAUUUCUAAAAUGGAACUAGUUUUCUUUGCUAACUUUGCUGUCAGAUGGCCAGAGUGGCUGCGGAAUCCCAGUAAGAUGGGUAUAAUAACAAAAUUCAUUAUUCUUAUCAUUGAUUGCCUACUUUGGGGUGAGGAGCCUGUGGUCAUCCAGAGGUUGCUGAAUUACAGUUCCCAUAAUCCCUGAUCAUUGGCUGGCUGGGGCUAAUGUGAGAUGGAGCCCAGUAACCUCCAGAGGACCACAGCCCUGGUUUAUGUGACAAGCACUAGGUAAAAAAUGCUAGGUGGGAAACAUCAGUUGGCACCAAGAAGGUUAUGUGGCAGAGAGAUGGUUUUACUCAACGUUGAUUUUGAAAUGGUCUGUCUUACGCUGUUGGGCAAAAGGCACAGAGUACAAUCUUGAGAGAAAGUUCUAGCAGAGGGGAAAGGUUCCGUGACAGUUGAAAACCUUCAGUAGAGGGGGGAGGCAACAGACUGUUUACUAGAAGUCUCCAGAUCCAGUUGUUGAUCAUCCCCAUGUUACUCAAAAGUGCUUAAGCAAUCGAUCUUCUAUCCUGCACUUGUCUUGAUAUUGGGACGACUUGGUAAACCAUCACAACAGGUGAGAUGUCAGAAAAGCUGAACAGAUGCCGUAAGGAGCUAACUGCAGCUAUUGACAGAGCAAUGGAAGACCUCUUGGUUCCUUUCCCCCCCUCCCCAGAUUCCACCACUGACCAGAACUUUGACUUGCAGACAGCACGGCCCUCUUCACCCCUAAAUGCAGAUCUCUUUAGUCAGAAGGGAGAACUUACUCUUUCAACUGUGUAUUACCCCCAGUCAUCUUUACCAGUCUCUUCUACUCCUGAAAAGGAGAAUCCCCUCUUCAGGCCAAACUUAAUUCCAGUGACUACCGCUUCCAACAUUCCAUGUACAAAACGGGAACCCUUGACAAGCAAGGAAAACACAUGGCUACAUCCUCCCAUCUUCAUGGCUGACCGGCAGUUUUUUAUCAGCCCAGAAGACAGUGAGAGAUGGAAGAAAGGACAUCUAAGCAAACCUGAUGAAAGGCCUGUGAAGUCAGAAGCAAGUAUAAGUGCCACUGAUGUUCCUCCACAGAGCCUGAAAGAUCUUGCCAAUAUGAGUGAUAACCCAGCUAUUUGGCCAUCAGAGAGGAUGCACAGGAAAACUGACUUUGAGAAUGAACUUCAGCAGAUGUCUAGGCUCUCAAGUGAACUGUUUCCUCUAGAUGAGGCCUCAGCCUUGGAUCCAAGUGCACAGAUCGGUUUCAGAAAGGUCCUGGAGCAUACCUUAGAGGAUGAAGCAAUUAUUGAAACACUGCUGGAUAUGGAAGAGGAUUACAAACCAAACAGCUCCACCAUGCAGCAGCUGCAGUAGAAAGGCUGGUGUGAGGUGUGAGCUAUUUAAGAUUUGAUAAUUAAUGCUUCUGAACCAUGGAAACUUAGGCAAAUAAUCCUUUCUGUUGCAAGAUGCACUAUUAAAGUGAUUUACAAUAGUGUGGCGUUAUAGUGUUUUCCCCAUAGGCUAAUGAACACGGAACAUUAUCUAGGCAUGGAUCAGAAGAUACUACCCUUAAGAUAUUGUCUUCCUGUCUUUUGAGGAACAACGUAUCCGCAAUGUGCAUGACAAGGGGUAACUGAUUAUAUAGUCAUGGUUUCCCACUACAUUUGUCAAGCAAUGGGAUGGUACAAAUCCAACUGUCUACAUUAUGUCAAAACUGCCUUAAAGUUCUUCAAGCUUUUAGCUGCCUUAUUUUGUAAAGCUAUUCAAGAGAAAAUGCUUGCAAGGACAGGAUGAGAUAUUGUGAAAGUGAUUUUAGAAGUAACUAACUACAAAGUGAGCAUUUAAAGUUACUCCAUGCACCUUAAAACAUUCAGC